ACAUAACCGGAAGUUAUAACUGACAGUCGCUUUUGAGACUACUGGUUGCCAACAACAAACAGGCAGACUUCAACAAACUUUUUUAAAAUUUAAAGUUAACGUCACAAUAUUUUCAGGUCCUCAUCAUGCCUACAUCAGCAGCAAAGAUGGAUGAGCCAUACUACUGCUCCCAGCAGAUUAACAUUCCGCCAGAGUUGCCAGAUAUUCUUAAACAGUUUACUAAAGCAGCUAUAAGAACACAACCCAAGGAUGUGUUAGCCUGGUCUGCUGCAUACUUUCGGGCCAUGUCUAAAGGUGAAAUUCCACCAGUGAAAGAGCGACUUGAAAUGCCAGUUGCCACUCAAAAGAUUGACAGUGGACUUACUCAGGGUCUUCUUAGAGUUCUUAACAAGCAGCUUGGUCCUAAACUGACAGUAACAACUCAGCAAGUAGAAGAAAAAUGGUUGGAUCUAGCUCUUCCAAUUGAGCAGUGUCAUGAUAUUUUCAGAGUUGGAAACUUCCAUCAAAAAUUUGAAUGGAUCAAAUUUUUUGCUCUUGCUGCAUCAACCCUUGGAGAUAACAUCACAGAUGCAAUGAAAACUGUUUGUGAAAUACUGACCACUGAUCCUGAAGGAGGACCAGCGAGAAUUCCUUUCAAACUGUUCCAAGAGAUUUAUCUCUUCCUAGCUGAUAUAGAUGGAGAAAUUUCCCAGCAACAGAUGACAGAUGUCAUUAGUCAUCUACAAUAUGAUGUUGAUAAACAAGAUGGCUAUGUGAUGCCUCGCAACUUUCUGAGUGUGGACUGUCCUCAACUGUCAUGAUCUGCCACAUCUUUACCAGUGAAAACAUUUUCAUUUCAAACCAUCCAAACUGGAAAAUGUCAUCCUGAAGGGGUAGAGAGCUGGUUCUAUCACAUUGUUUUGAAAAAUGGAUAGUGAUUUUUAUACAUUUUUAUAACCUAGGGUUUAUUUGAACAAGUAUUUCAAGUUAGUUCUUAUGAAAUGGUUGGUUUUUAGUUAUUUUAGUUAAGUAAUAAAAAAUGUAAUAACAACAUUUCUAGUUAUGAAAUCAACAUAUAAAGCCAACCCUAAACAUUUAUUGAUAUAAAUUAUAUUUAAUUGACUAAUUUUUUUUUUACUUUCAAAAGAAAGAAACAAUGUGUCAACUCUAACUGUGAUAUUAUCACCUUUAGGAAUGAUUGAUCAUGUGACUGUUUUAUUUAUGCCACACCCAGUCAAGUCUUAUGUUGUCAUAAUCAUACUCAUGCAUAAAUUGUAUAUACAAAUUUCUUCAAAAAUCUAACUUAGAAUGUUUUAUCCACAUUUGGUCCUGCUAUCCGUCCAUAUUGUCAUGAUACUGUUAAAGUAAUGAAAUUGCUUUAGCCAAUAAACUGAAUGUUGUUUUUUUUUUAAAUUAAAGUAUACUAAACAAAGUUCAAUACUA